UGUAGUCAAAGUAGAGUGCACGAGGAUGGAAUAAAUAUGCCACUUGAUUACUGGUCUGAUCAUUUUACAAAAAAAAGCAAUCACUCUUUUCUGCUGAAUAUGUUUCUCGUUACUGUGUGACAGCAAGAAAAUCCUAAAUAUUAGGACUUUACUGGGGUACACUAAAUUAUCUUGGAAGGAAGAAUGGAAGGACAAAUGGCUACUGAUGCUGUGGUAGAAAGGCUUUCCAAAGGGGAUUCGAAGAAAUUCCAGAAAAAAGUCAAUCAUCUAAAGGAUCCAGAGCUGCAGCUACCACGCUCAUGUUGACCAGGCUGUUGGUGAAGAUGCAAUCUGUCAUCAGUUGGCAGAAUAUUGUAAAACUGCUUAAGGGUGUUCCAAAGAACAAGUGCAAAGAAAAUUCAUGUCACUCUCCACCCCACGUCCUCUUUCAGCUUGGAGGACGUGAUGACCUAGGUCGGGGACUUCUACAUGACUGCUGUCACUGCCACUCUGUGAUUGACUGGCGAAGAAGGUGCAAUUCAGAAUCCCAGUGUACCUUGUGUGGUGAGCCAGAAGACCAACAACUCUCAUGGUCACCUUCUCAUCCCUUCAAUGAAGCCAUCUCCUCUCCAUCAUCGAGGACCAUGAAAGGAUUGACUACGAGUCGUACGCAGCCCCAGCUCAGCUCAGCGCACACCUGUGGCCUAGUGACGGAUGACUGUGAACAUUCCCAUGACCACUCACACCAUGGCCUGGAUUCCCGUCAGUCAUACCUGCUCAGUCCGACAGACAGCUGCCAGAUGGACCGUCACCGCUGUUCGCCCCGCAGUUCCAUACACUCCGAGUGUAUGGUUCCCAUGGUUUCCGGGGAGCACAUGUCCAGCAGCACAUUCCCCCGGAUGCACUACACCUCCCACUACGACUCUAGGGACGACUGCACCAGCGUGUCACACACAGGCAGCAAAAUCAACCGCAUCCCCGCCAACCUGCUUGACCAGUUUGAGAAACAGCUGCCACUACAACGUGAUGGAUUCCACACGCUGCAGUACCAGCGCACCUCCACCGCCAACGAGCAGCGCAGUGAGAGCCCCGGCCGUAUCCGCCACCUCGUGCACUCUGUUCAAAAGCUGUUCACCAAAUCUCACUCGCUGGAGGGCGCCUCGAAGGGGAAUGUGAAUGGCACCAAGGGGGAGGGCCGACAUUCCGACGAUCACCAUCAUUCCCACCAUCCGAAACAUGGCAAGCGGAGUAAGAGUAGAGAGCGGAAGCCAGAGCCCAAGCAUAAGUCGGCGAUGAGUGCCUGGUGGAGCUCUGAUGACAACUUGGACAGUGAAAGCACGUACCGUACCGCCAGUGCGAUGAGCAAACAUCACAUGGACCACAUCUCUCAGUACUAUCCAGACAGCAGUCAGGGGGCCUUCAGUGAUCUUACGCUGAAGACGUCGAAAAGCAACAACGAUGUUAAAUGCUCAGCUUGUGAAGGACUACCCAUGACUCCUGAAGGCAAAUACAUGAAACGGAGUUCGUGGUCCACACUGACUGUCAGCCAGGCUAAGGAAGCCUAUCGCAAGUCAUCUCUCCAUCUGGAGAAACCUCUUGUCCAUCAGGAAAUUAAAUCAUCUCUAAGGCCAUGUCAUUACCUACAAGUGCCCCAGGAUGAGUGGGGAGGAUACCCACUAGGAAACAAAGAUGAGGAAAUUCCUUGCCGGAGGAUGAGAAGUGGCAGUUAUAUUAAGGCCAUGGGUGAUGAAGAAAGUGGUGAUUCUGACACAAGCCCAAAAGGUUCACCCAAGUCUGCCAGUCUCCACCAGACCUUAAUGAAAGCGGCCGGGCAGAAGCUGGACAAUCAGAACCAGAGCUACCUGCAAUCUGCAGUUGAGGUAACCAUCAACCACAGUUUAGAUCCCAGUGCCAACGAGAACUCACCCAAGUUCCGUUCAAGGAACCAGAGCUACAUGAGAGCGGUGAGCACCCUGAGCCAAGCCAGCUGUGUCAGUCAGGUGAGUGAGGCUGAGGUCAACGGGCAGUUUGAGUCAGUUUGCGAGUCUGUUUUCGGAGAGAUUGAAUCCCAGGCUGUGGAUGCGUUGGACCUUCCUGGCUGUUUCCGCACACGCAGUCACAGUUACCUGCGAGCCAUUCAAGCUGGCUACUCACAGGAUGACGACUGUAUCCCAUCACUGUCAUCAGCCAUGAUGGCUUCCUCCAUCAGAUCCACCACAGCAUUCCCCCUGUACGGCAUGCAACAUUACUCGCCAAGAAAUCGGGAGCUCAGCGCGUGGGGAGUUUCAGGCAUGGCAACUCGUCCUAAUACUCCGCAGCAUAUUGUAACUUGCACUAAUUACAAGAAGACCCCACCACCGGUACCACCUCGCACCACCUCCAAGCCAGUAAUCUCAGUGACCACCCAGAGCAGCACCGAAUCAACUCAGGAUGCCUACCACGAGAACCGGUCUCAGAGGAGCUCGCCCUGGCCCCAGGAAGGAAAGGGUCUUUAUAACUCAACGGACAGCUUGGACAGUACAAAGGCAGUGAACAUCGCUUUGGAGACUAUGUCAGCACAGCAGCCCGGCGUUAACAGUGGCAGAAGCAGCAUGGUCCUAACCCGAGACAAAGCCAUCCUAACCCUCGACGUGGGAAAGGCGGAACAGUUCAUCAAGAGCCGACGGUCCUCCAUUGGGAUUCAGGUGGAUGCGGUGGAGACAACAACUGACUCGGACACGGACAGCAGGGGCCUUCGGGAAUACCACUCCAUCGGAGUCCAGGUGGAAGAUGAAAAGCGGCGAGGGCGGUUCAAGCGCUCCAACAGUGUGACGGCAAGUGUGCAGGCUGACCUUGAGCUCGAAGGGUUUCCUGGUCCAGUAACCACUGAGGACAAGGCACUUCAGUUUGGUUCUUCAUUCCAGCGUCACUCUGAGCCCAGCACCCCUACCCAAUACACAGGACUCAGGACUGUACGCACACAGGGUUUGCUGAGCUACAGAGAGGACUAUCGGACACCCACCGACACCUCCAACUUUCCACCUCCUGACCCCUGGCUGGAAUCCACUCAUCAGCCUGCAGAACCCGGACGAAUGUCUCCAUGUCGACGGGAUGGACAGUGGUUCAUGAAGCUGCUGCAUGCGGAAACCAAGCGAAUGGAAGGAUGGUGUAAGCAGAUGGAGAGAGAGGCUGAGGAGAACGACCUGUCAGAAGAAACACUGGGGAAGAUUCGGAGUGCAGUGGGGAGCGCGCAGCUACUGAUGUCUCAGAAAUUCCAGCAGUUUUACUGGCUUUGCCAGCAGAAUCUGGAUCCUAGUGCAAUGCCACGUCCUACUUCCCAGGAUCUAGCAGGAUUUUGGGACCUUCUGCAGCUCUCCAUUGAAGACGUCAGCAUGAAGUUUGAUGAACUGCACCAGCUGAAAGCAAAUGACUGGAAACCCAUCGAGCCACCAGAGAAACAGGAGGAAAAGAAGAUUCCGCCCCCAGUACCAAAGAAACCACCUAAAGGGAAAAUCCCGAUUGUGAGGGAAAAGUCUCUCGACCUCCCGGACAGACAGAGGCAGGAGGCUCGGAAACGGCUGAUGGCCGCCAAGAGGGCGGCUUCCUUCCGACAGAACUCAGCUACUGAGCGCGCAGACAGCAUUGAGAUCUACAUCCCCGAGGCACAGACCAGGCUCUAGUGACAGGCCCUUGCAGAAUGCCCUCCUUUUUCUGUUCACCAUCGGCUCUCCACAUUUGUCAUGUACAUUUCACACAUUCAAGCCUGAUGGAAUUAGUGACGGGGUUUCCAUGGUAAUUCUUGUCCAGCUACCACUGUGUAUGGUCUUGCUGUUGUGUUGGUUGUAGCAUACAUCACAGAGGAAAUGAUUAUAGUUGUGUGUUUUCUGAACUCUGCAGAAGUCCCAGCAUUCUGGGAGAGGGACUGGUUCCGAAAGAUUGCACUAACUAAUCCACCUAACCACCACGCUCUCUCAGAGACUGCUUCAGCGGAGGACCUCUCGCAGAGGAAAGCAAAUUCAGCUAAACCACAAUCUUCUGUUAAUUGGUUUGGUCUGUGUGCUGAAAGGAGAAGGUAAAUUGGUAAUCCAGUGUCACUGGAGAGUGCCAGAGGAGAGCAUGGUUGAAACGCAAAGGUGCUGCGUUUUCAACAAAAAAAAAGUGGGAAGAAUGCAUGAUAUGUCAGCAUCAUUCCUUAUUUUUUAACAUUAUAAGAGAACCCGGCUCCUAACAGGGAAACAGGAAAGCACUCUGCUCAGUACCUGAGCAGAACUGUUCCCCACUCAAAACUAUUCAGGGACUCACCUUCAGUGUGCUUUGGGGGAAGUGUAAGUGAACAGGUAAGAAUUAUUCCUUGGAACGAACUCUUAGAGAAUAGUAUCCUCAAGAAUCUAUUGGGACACACAGUACUUUUAUCCACCGUGACAAAGUAUUGAGACCCCUUGGUCUCAAGAGUUUUUGCCAAAACAUUUAUUGCUUGAACGGGAGCUAUUUAAAUACUUCGGGAAUGUGCUGAAACGGUAUUCAGCAAAUUAUUGUUACCUUUUGGGUAAAAACAUUAGGUUUUGGGGAAAGGGGGGUGGUAGUGGGGUUGAGGAGAGGGUUGGUCAGUGAUCACCUUGUGGGUGCCAAAUAUGUGCAAUAGUGAUCAGCCUGAUAUAACCAUGUGCAAUUACUGACGUGCCAACACUGCAGCCAAUCAGAAGGAAGUUACCUCCUUGUGAACGCUUGCCUUCAGUAACCAGACACUGCAAGCUCCAUUGCUCAAGGAAAUUUACAAUUAACUAACCCCCAAUAACCCUUUCAUAUAUAUUGUAAGGUUUUUUUUAAGAUCUUUUUAUUUAUUCAUAUAUCUAUAUACAACGGUGUGAAACUUUUGAAUUGGCAUGCAAUUCUUUUUUCAUUUAAGGGAAACAAUAAAUAUGCUAGCUGUAACUUAGAACAUAAAUCAUACACACUCACAGUAAUUAUGUUUUUAUUUAUUUUUGCAUUUUAUAUAAGUAUUAUUUUAGAUAUUUGUAAGCAGUUGGUCUAUUUUUCAACUCUGGGUGUGUGUGUGUGUUUAGGCAUCUGCGUGCGUGCAUGUGUGUCUGUGUCUGUGUGUGCAUGUGCCUGGAUGCAUCUUUCUGUGUGUCUAUAUGUGUGUGUAUGGUGUCUGUGUGUGUGUAUGCAUGUAUCAGUGUGCGUGCGUGUGUAUCAGUGUCUGGCUGUUUGCGUGUGUCCAGAUGCAUCUUUCUGUGUGUGUGUGUCUGUCUGUCUGUCUGUCUCUGUCUUUCUGCCUGUGUCUGUAUGUGUGUAUCAUUUGUGUCUGAGUGAUCAGCAGAAGACUGCUUGAAUGUGUCUGCUAAGACAGUGGUCCCCAAUCACCAAGCAUGUGCUACCAGGCCGCGAGGAAACGAUAUGAAUCAGCUGCACCUUUCCUCAUUCCCUGUCACGCACUGUUGAACUUGAACAUAGGGUUGCUAACUGUCCUGUAUUAGCCGGGACAUCCCGUAUAUUGGGCUAAAUUGGUUUGUCACAUACAGGACCGCCCUUGUCCCGUAUUUCCCCCGCUAAGGUAGAGCGUUCCUAUGAAACCGUUCGUAAGCCGAAGAAGCAAUUACCAUUAAUUUAUAUGGGAAAAAUUUUUGAGCGUUCCCGGACCCAAAAAAUAACCUACCAAAUCAUACCAAAUAACACAUAAAACCUAAAAUAACACUAAAAUAUAGUAAAAGCAGGAAUGAUAUGAUAAAUACACAGCCUAUAUAAAGUAGAGAUAAUGUAUGUACACUGUAGUUUCACUUAACAGAAUCGGGAAGAUUAAGCCAAAACUGAUCAAUCAUGCGCAUGUCAUGUAUGCGUACGUCACGCUUGCACACACGGGUGCCCGCUCAAGGCUUCAUGGUCAUGGUAGUCUUUCUCAGGGUAAACGCAAGUGUCCCGUAUUUGACUGCUACUUUUGUCCCUUAUUUGGGAGUGAGAAAGUUGGCAACCCUACUUGAACACCACCCCCCCCCCCGUCGGCCGGUCAGCAAGAAUAUUGUCAAUAUUAAACGGUCCACGGUGCAAAAACGGUUGGGGACCCCUGUGCUAAGAUUUCAGUUUGUCUAACCACAUGUAGAUUAUUUUAUCUGAGAGGUGAUUAAAUUGUGUUUAAAUUACUUCCUUCAUGAUUAUGAAAAGGAAGUGACUGUUUAAAUUCUGACCUCAUUGUAGAACAAAUUGGUCCAAUGAUAUCGGCCUAUUCCAGCGUAACUCAGAAUUCAGAAUCCUUCUGGCAGGAUGCCCUGAAGCCCCAGCAUACACUCCCUCCUCACCUUUCAUUCAUAUUAUUGCCAACAGCCUUAAAAUAAAUUGGACGCAAAAACAUGAAUGAAUGUACAGCCCCUAAAUUUGCAAAAAGAAAGUGCCCAAGAAACAGUUUAUGCCAUAAGUAACUACAUUCUAGUAUCAGGGAGAGUGCAUUACAACUAAUGUUUAGUUAGAGAAGCUGAAAUGAUAUUCAAAGACAGGCUAAGGAAUGUAUUCAAAAACUGUAGGUCACUCUGCUGUUCAGCAUUAAUUGUAAGCGUUAGUGUCCUUAGUUGACUUUCUAUACUCGGUUUAGAGAGCUGAGUUACUUUUGGUAGAUUAUCUGGCUUGCUUUAUGUACUGUAAAGAAUACUGAGCCAACUCUGAAAGGGAAUGGCUAGUCAUAAAAAAAACCAUUCACCUCCCAUUCUUGCCAUCUGGAUAUUAGAAACAGAUGAUAUUCAGCUGCAGUUGGAACAGACUUCCUCGAAUUAAGAGAUAUUACCACCUUCUCUUCUGCUGCUCAGUAGCAGUGUGUCAAAUCGACACCUUAGGCAGGCAUCUACCUUCAAAGUGGCAAGAAUUACCUUUUUAUACACUGACAGAUUUAGUAAAUAGUUCCAAUAUGAAGCGAAACAUAUCAAUCUUCAGAUCUUUACAAAACACAAAUGCAGCUUUGAUGUUUUUUGUUAUCAUCAACCAAUUACAUUGAUCCCAAUGUGAAAUUAUUGACGUUGUUCCUGUUGAUGAAAUGUUAUCACCUCUGUUCGGGUGAGAAGCCUACAUUUUUAAGUGCAAUAUACCAUGUAUACCAUUGAUGAUAAAGAUAAUGUCAGAGCAACUGAAAGAAAGGCAAUACUUUUUUUUAAACUCUCCACUAUUCUCCAUUAGGUUAAUAGCAAUAUUAUUUUAUACAUAUGUACUUGUCACUGCGACUGAACUUGUAUUUGAAAGCAGAACAUAUACUAAUGCAAAGAAUUCUGAAUGUUCGAUAAACUACCAUUAACUUUAACUGCACAUUAACUGAGGCAACACGAGUUGCAUUUAAUAUACAUUCCAUUCUGUCACUUCAAUUGGCCAUACUUUAUAAAUCAGACAUAAUAUUUACCCUAAAAUGCUUUGAUUUGUUUUAGUGGUGGGGUAGUAGAAAAGCGGGCAGUGAGACUGAUUUCUUUUCAUUGUUUUACAAUGAAUAACUGACCUUCAAUUAGGUCUACCCAAUGGAAAGGAUCCCAUGAUGAAGAACUUGUUGGCGACAUCAUUAUGAGUCAACACAAUAUGAGUAGUGUAUGAUAGGUCCGGCAAGCUGUAGUUGGCAACAGAGAUUCUGACAGUUGUGGACUGUCGCUGGAUGAUUUCUGAUGUAACACUUCGCAAAAGCAGCAGCCUAUCAUUGUCCACUUUGUGAGUUAUGAGAAAUUGCUACAUCUGCACAUUAGUUAGCAAUUAAACUCACAAUAGCAAAUUAGUAUAGGUACUCAAUUAUAGUUUUAAUUAAUGUAGGUACUUAACAAAAUAUAUCGGUUUAAUGAGGAAAUUUAUCUUUCUGCAAUUUCACUCAAACACCUCUGGCCCAGAAAAUAAACAAUUAAACCUGUGGGGUCCAAUUCCUGUGAGUAGUCAAUUGUACCUAAAUAGUUCUCUAUUUAGUUUGUAAUAUUUGUAUUAUUUUUUCAGUUGCUUCUUGUUCUUAUUUUGCUUUUCACUUUCCCUCACUUAUUUCUCUUUCCGUACUUGAGCUGAUUUUAAUUCACUCAGUUUAUUGUCCUCUGACUUCUUUUCUUUUCCAUCUCUGUCAUCGGUUCAGAUGACAGACUGUUGAUCCUUACAGUCGCCAGUGGCCUCACUGUUUUCAGAUCAGUCUGAAGCUCCUGAUAGUGAGGGAAAGGCUGAAUUGCAGACUGCACUCUGAGAUGCCCCACACCAGCAGAUUCUGGAUUGUAUCACAUGCAGACUGUGACUGAUUGGGUUUAACUACAAUUCUUUACAGAGGUAAAUAAAUAACAAACAGAGAUAUCGGUAUAUAAAUUAAAGCACGACUAACUAACUAAGUGGAGAAACAAUAUCACAUUUGCAGGAAAACAGUUUGGAGUGCCAAAUAUUGUUACAUUGCACAGUAAAGUCCUUUUAUAGAGAUAAUUAUUUCUCUGAUUCAGUCUCUUUUGCCAUUACAUUUCUUUUGAAAUGCACUAUUUAUUUGCAUGCACAAUAGAGAAAUUAAUAUUGAAUGUACAGUGCGCUAUUUUGCUGACCGUGAUUUCUUGGUACUUGCUAAUGCCUUCUUUCGCAGUUAGUGAAUCAUUAUUUCGGGGACAUGUUUGGCAUCACUUGAUUUGCACUACCUUUUUCGGUUGGUAACUGCUUUGAUUUGUUGAUUAUGAUCACGAGAUGUGCUUUAUUGGUGUGUCUUUGAAGUGCUCUUUCAACACAAUCACACACACACACACACACACACACACACAGUGUAUCACUAGUAACCAUUGAUCAACUGUAAAUAUCUUUGCACUUAAAACAUUUGUUUUGGGGGGAGGUAUCUGAUGCUCUCAUGACCUGGCAGAGUCCUGCUAUACCAGUGACAGAACUGAACCCUGAAGUGGAUUGUCUUUGCUUCUGAUUGUACAGAAGGCUACUGCCCUCCACAUAUAUGUUUAUUUAUUUCCCCGUAUGUACACAAAAGAAUUAUAUCAGAACAAAUUGUAAAGAAAAUAAUCCAGUCUUGACUUAUUUCCUUCCAAUGAAAUCUGAUCUGAAUGUUUGAUAAAAUUAUGAGUUGUUUCAAAAUUACAGCCUUGUGUAUUGUAUUGUUACUAUUUUUAAUAGUAAAUUGCCAUUUCUUGACUUCA